AUGCUCCUUCUCCUCACUCCCUUUAACCCUCCCCCCCCCUCGCACACUCCUUAUCGUCAUGAGCGACGUCUACACCUGGAGGAACGGACACCUGCGUGUCUGCGAUGCCGCGCAAGCCCUCUUCCCACGACGACGUUCACGUUCUCUCCUCCCUUUGGUUCAGAGCGCUGCAAGGCCUUUACUGGCGCGGCUGCCAAGCCAUCGUACUCGCAUUCUGAAUGGUUUGCGUGGAGCCGCGAAGCUCGGCUGGAGAGAGGACGAGAGACGAGGAAACGAAUCUACGAAGUCCUGCGCGACGAGGAUGUCCUCCUCGAGCCUGGCAACCACGAACCUGUUGCCGAGUGGCUCAUCGAAGCAAUGGAGAAAGCAGCACGAAUCAACAGGCCCGUCUACGUCAAGCCUGGCCUCACAGCGUCGCCCAACUUCGCCUCCGUCUACCGCCAGCAGUACGGCUUCACCUCCGCCAUGCGCUGGGCCAACUUCCGCCCUGCGCUUCUCAAGGUCACCUACCGUCCUCGCAGCACUCGCAAGCCGUGGUCGCUCCAAGUUAUCGACAUCAAGUCGACCCACCCUCGCGCGGUCGAAGCCGACAAGGUCUCGCACUUCCUCUUCGCUCGCAACGAACGCUCACUCACCCCUCUCGUCCAGGUCCACCUGCAAGAUCAAUUCCGCAUCCUCGCUUACCGCCACCUCCUCGCCCAAAUUGUCGAGGACAUCAAGCGCGACGACUACGCCCGCCAGGACUUCCCUCUCCUCCGUCGCCUGGCCAUCUCGCACAUCUGCGCCUUGUGGCGCUACACCGGUUGCUACUCGACGACGUGCUACCACGACGAGUGCAUCCUCAAUGGCAAGAUCGAUGCCGCCAAGCUUACUUACCACCUCGAGAUUUCUGUCGAGCACAACAAGAGGUGGAUCGAGAACCUCCUCUUCAACGAAGUGCCGACUCGCGUUGGUGUCCCGUGCCAGCACAACUGA